AUGCCGCUUCUCCAGUCCCUCCUCCACGCGACGGCGUUUCGCACCCCGCUUCUGAGGACGUUGGUACCUUCAGUCGCGCUUGCAUAUGGCAUUCAGACCGCCGUAGCCGUACCUUCGAUUGCGGCACAGACGGAACGGUUCUAUGACCUCAGCGGCAGCCUGACGUAUCUCUCCUGCACAGCCCUUUCAUUCUUCAUGCCGUAUCUGCGCGCAAAGAGCACGGGAGCUUUCGCCGGUAGCUUGUCAGAGUACUUGAGUGCGCCUGCGCCGGGCCAGGGCUUGUGGUGGUGGAGACACGCCAUGCUGAGCGCUGCGGUGGGAAUCUGGGCUACGCGAUUGGGGUCUUUCCUCUUUAAACGCAUCACCGAAGACCAAGGUACAGACUCGCGCUUCGACAACAUCCGCACCUCGCCCGCAAAAUUCUACGGCGCCUUCUUCGCCCAAGCAACCUGGGUCUCCCUCUGCACGCUCCCCGUGGUCCUCGUCAACAGUCUCCCCCGCUCUGCCUUCGCCCUCUCUCGCCUCGCCAACGUCACCUCCCACGUCCCCCCGGUCGUAUCAGCAAAGCCGUACCCCGUCGAGCUCCUCGGCCUCGCCGUCUUCGUCUUCGGCCUUACCUUCGAGGUCAUCGCCGACCGCCAAAAGUCUCAGUGGAGCAAAGAGAAGAAAGAAAAGAAGCACUCCGAGGAGUUUCUCACGCGCGGGCUGUGGUCCAAGUCCCGCCAUCCCAACUACUUUGGCGAGAUCACGCUGUGGAGCGGCCUCGCGAUUGCGGCGUCAGGGCUUCUGUUGCGUCAGCCAGCGCAGGCGGGUUUGGGACUGAGCGGCGCGAGCGGGAAGAUGCUGGUUGCGGGCAUGUGCGCUGCAAGCCCGGCGUUUGUGGCGUUUCUCCUGCUCAAGGUGAGCGGGAUUCCGCUGAGCGAGAACAAGUAUGAUAAGAAGUAUGGUGAUAGGAAGGACUACCAGAAGUGGAAGAAGGAGACGCCCAUGCUUAUUCCUAGAUUCUAG